UAAACGCCAUAUUGUAAGUUUGGUUGUUAUUGAUGUUUGGGGCCUUCUGCGAGAUUUGCAGAAGCAGGAGAUACCGGGCGGGUGCAGGUGGCGAAGCUUGAACAAGAGGCGAACGUCUUAUCAGGCCGUGCGCUUCUAAGAAAGGGAGCAGAAGCUUCAGCUUCCCACAGCAAUGCGGAGCGACAGAAUUUGGAGCGAUGGAACGUAACCCCCGCUAAAGUCAAGGAUUGACUGUACCUAUGUGGAGAAUGAUGCCACUCAAACGUCUAGAGAAAGACCAUCUGAGAAUGGGGUGAUGUACAUCGCUGAGCUUUUCUUGGGAAAAGCGAGAAAUGUCACCUUUGACAGUAUUUUCAGAACGCUGUCCAUGGCAAACAGGCUAAUUCUCUAAAAGACGGGCAUCCUGGAUAUCUGUGAAAGAGAACACGAGUGAUGGUCAAAGUGCUUGCCAACGAGAAAGUGUAGACACUGUUACAGAAAAUGCAAGAAGAGCCAGAGGACUGUAGCCAGAGGCCUGACGUUGACCCUCUUCCUAUGUGAGUGUUCCAGCUGAAGCCAUAAUCCAGGAUGGCGCAGGGAAGCCAGCCACUGGAUGUUCAGAUACUCCAUGAUCUCAAGCAACGCUUCCCUGAGAUCCCUGAUGGGGUCGUUUCUCAGUGUAUGCUGCAGAACAACAGCAAUCUGGAAGCCUGUUGUAGGGCUCUUGCACAGGAGAGCAGCAAAUACUUAUAUGGGGAAUAUCAUAGUCCAGAUGACUGCAGGAUAAACAGGAACCAUAUGCUUCAUAUCAACCUGGGAAUCCACUCCCCCACUGGCUUUCAGGCUGAUAACGUAAAAGCAAAUGGUGGGCGUACUUUGGUGCAUAGCUCAAGUGAUGGACACAUUGAUCCUCAAAGAGGAAACAGUGGCUCAAACCAACAGAUGAUAUGCAUGAUCCAAGAGCCACAUUCAGCCCCUGCUAUUGUAGCUCCUUCUCCUGGCUAUAAUCCUUUCUUCAUUAAUGAGCAAGGACGCUCUGCUGGCACGCCACCUCCUGCAUCUCUGCCACCUGGAAUGAAUACCUCUCCUAUGCAAGGACUGUCUCCCACUUACACACCUAUUACCAGAUAUGGUCUAAACCCAAUCACUGUCACAUUAUCUCAGAACAUCCCAGUAGCUCCUUGCGCCUUACAGCUUUCUUCUCAGAUACCAAAUUGCCCUUAUGGCACAGGUAGCAAUUCGGUCUACAUCAGGACAACCUCUUCACAGAGCCCUUCAGGUAGGCACACACCUCAGAGUUCACCAUGGCAUUCUCCUACAGCCCAAUGUCAUAUUCAGCCCUACAGCCAACAACCUCAUCCCAUCCCAGUUUACCAGACCCAGACAUUGCCUUACCAGCCCUCACAGUACUCUUCUAAACAACCGCAAAUGUCCCAACAGCCGUAUCGUUCUCCACCUCCUUCUCAGUUUCCAUCUCCAUAUAGCUCACCACAGCAUCAGAUCCAAUCCAGUCAGCCUGGCCACCAGACCUCUCAUGUUUUUAUGCCAAUUAGUCCCCCUACAAUGUCUAGUUUACCAUAUAACCAACAACAGCAGUCUCCGAGUUAUCAACAGCAAGGAGCACAGCCUGGGUCAUAUAUCCCAUAUUUAUCAAAGAAUCCCAUAAAAAAUCAAAUUGAAAUCACUCUAGAAACUCCCCAGAGGCCCCUGAACCGCAGCUCAUCACCAGUACCUAACCAGCAGCAACGAGGUCAGAACAGUAUGUAUAUUGCUACAAACCCUGCACCUGGUUCUCCAUCAAGAGGAAUAUCUGGAGUUCCAGUGAACAUUGGAGGGCAACCUCAGUCAGCAAGUUUUAUUCCUGCAAUGUAUAUACACCAGGGCCCACAACGCACUCGACAAGCUCCAACACCCCCUCAAGAUGGCAGUGGCGGAGGACAGGUUGCUGCCAGUAGCCCUCAAGCCAGAGUCUCACAGGCUAAUAAUUCUUCUUACACCUUCAAGAUCAAAGUAUCUCCACGGAGGCAAGUACAAAGGCAAUCGGAUUCUCCUACCUUGGAGAGUGAAAGUAUCUUAAACUUGGUUGAGGAAGGAGAGCAUACUGGUGCCCCCGAGCCAAUUCAGCCUAUUUCUGCUCUUCCUGGCACUUUUGGUGAUAGAAGCAGCAGGGAAUAUCACAGGAAGUCCAGCUCUGGCUCAGAUGACUACGCUUAUACACAAGCUCUGCUGUUGCACCAAAGAGCCAGAAUGGAGCGACUUGUGAAAGAACUGCAAUUAGAGAAACAGAAAUUGGAGCACCUCAAAUCUGAUGUUAAUGAAAUGGAGUAUGACCUCAUGCAAAGACGUUUACGAAGGGUUAAUGCCACUUACCUUAUUCCUGCUCCAGAGGAUAUGACAAGACAAAGAAAUCUGAACAGACAGCUUCAAAUUGAUAUUGACUGUAUGCUGAAAGAAACUGACCUCCUUCGGUCUAGAGGAAAAUUUGAUCCAAGUGCUCUGAACAGUUUCUAUGACAAUAUUCCACCUGGACCUAUUGUACCCCCAAAGCCAGUUAAAAAAGGGCAUCCGUCAUCUGCAAAAGCCCCUGUUGUCCAGCAGCCAAGAGAUGAAGACUUUGAAGGGGCCCAUUGGAAUUGUGAGAGCUGCACUUUCCUGAACCACCCAGCAUUAAACCGAUGUGAGCAGUGUGAAAUGCCACGAUACACUUGAACAAAAAAAAGGACACCUUCUGGGUGGCUCGAGGUGGGUGAAGGAAACGGACAUGAAUGCACCUAUUUCCCACAAAGCUAUAUGGGAUAUGAACAGAGAAGCUGCAUGUCAACUUCAACAUUGGAAGGCUCUUCAGGAAGAGCGCCAAAGGAAGACAUGUUUUUUUAUUUAUUUUGUUUUAACUUUCCCAGCAUUCCUUUGAAUAUGUAAUUGAAUGUGAAGAAAGCUGAUGCAUUUUGAAAAGGUGAAUCCUGAUGUAAAAUAAGGUUCUUUUCAUGACCCUUUUCUGAAUGAAAGGCUUUUAUUCACGUUGUCUUUUCAGCGACUUACAUGGACAGGUAAAACAAACAGGUAAUUUUGUUUUAAAAGUCUUGAAUUAUCGAACUGCGGCUGUUGUUUAUAUUAAAAAAAAAAUCACAAUGAUGCCUGCAUGGGGAAAUAACAAGAAAGACUUAACCUUCAUACUUGCUGCUUUCUUCAGGGUAAAUUGCAAUCUGUACAAUUUAAAUUAUGAAGUAAUUGUUUUUUCCUCUCAAUGGUAAGAUAAUAGUUAUGCGCCUUAUAUUUAAAAAUAUACAAUCCAAGGUUCUUAAACAAUCCUAGUUGCUUGUUCCUUGAAAUGUUGCCCAUUUAUAUCAUGGUUACAACUGUAAAUCAUUCCUUUAAUUCUAAAUUCAAAAUAGAGAACAUCAAACUUUACUGCAUGCUGUCCUGAGAGGAAAAUGUACUAACAGUUCCACCAGUCUUUAUGGGGAGUGAGUGGCGAAGCUGCAUUGUAUGCAAACAUCUGUAGUCUUCACCAAGCAGUGUUCUACAGGCAUCUUUCUUUCUAGAAAUAAUGUGCAUUUUAUGAAUUUUUUUUUUGUUAUUGCUAGUGCAACAGUGCAGUAAACUUAGUCCAAAUUCUGAUGAUCUGAAAACCUCGCUCAGGACUAUUGACUUGGCAGUGAAGAAGAUAGUGGUUGACAACUGUUUGCUUCCUGUUAUGCUGGCCUUUAAGCUUCCAUUUUAUGAAAGGAUGGGAGGGGGAAUCACUGUAAUGUUUACAGCUUAAAGAAAAGUAUGAGAACACAGAUAUCUGUUUGAUGCUGCUGUUGGUUUAUUUGCACAUGAAUAAUAAACCUGGCUGCAGCUUUGUUGAAAGCAGAUGUAUGAUUUAAGCAUAUGAAAUUGCACAAGGCGUGUUUUAUAUAAUAUGUAUGAGGAGUGUUAACUAUUGAACAAAGAGCAAAAAUAUAUUACUGGUACUUUUAUGCAUAUUUCUGCUAUACUGUAUCCUUAAAAAAGGUGAUGUAUUACUCAGAUGCCUUGGACAGCUACAGUAAUAAUAAACCACUUGUCCUACUGGGCAACUGAGUGAGAAUAACGUGUGAAUAAUAUGUGAAUGUGUGCAAAAUAGGGUGUCUGUUCUCCUUUUACAAAAGGUGCCCCUGCCUUUGUAAAAUUCAAAAGCGCCUCAGAUAAUGAUUGCUGUUCAUUUGAGUCCCUUGUUGUUUUGCUUGUGUACAGCGCAAAAACCGAUUGUAAAAUGCGUGUAUAUGUGUGUUUGGAUAAAAACCAUAAAUAGAUUUUUAUUUUUUGCUGAAACUUCAGGAUGGGUGUUUUCAACAGCAGCACUACAAUUGCAAUCUAUGGUCACAACUUUGACUUAAUAGUAAAGGGACAGAGUGGCAAAUGUUCAGGCCGUGGUAUCCUAUAGCUAAGAACAACUUAGCACUUCUGUCAAAGCAACCGACCUCUGUUACUUAUGUGAUGGCCAAGCAUUUUACGAAUAGAUAGCCAGAAAUCAUAACAUUGAAGGUUCAUUUCAAUUUGUCUCUAAUUGUAGCUUUCCAACCCCCAGAUUGCAUCCUGAAGUUGAGGUAGUUUACAUUUCUGCUGUUGAUUUGUAAACCAUAAGCUAUUUAAAUUAAAAUUCUGUUAACAGAUUCUGGCUGUGAGAAUACCAAUGUGUGCAGACCUGAAAAACAUAAGAGAAUAGCAGAUCCCCAUGUUGAUGCCCACUGCGAGUUAUUUACGCACAUGGUUACUUUGGUGGUACCAUGUCAUGCAUUGGAUUCAGGGGUAGCGGCUUUUUUCUUUUUGCUCAGGGUACCAAUUUUUCUUUGUUCUGUGCCAAUACAAUAUUCUCUGUGUUUUGUCAGCAUCACUUUGCUUUCUUCAACUUGUUUUCUAUGUGUGUGUCUGAUCUUCCGCAUGUCUGAGGUAAAAGGCUAUUUUGAUUUCGAUAAAGAUUGUGUCAUUUGUUUUAAAUUUUAUUUUUUAAUGAUUUUUUUUUCACAAUAAAUGUACACUGGGAGCUGUGCACUAUGUCUGACCCUGUAAAGUUUUUUCAUUUAUUUGCACUUAAAAGUUUGUCUUGACUAUAAAUGCAAGAGUCCAGGUUUAUUAUUUUAAUAUUACUUUAUAUGUUUGUCAUUCGAUUAAACUCGGGCCUGUACUUGUGUUUGUUUUGAUGACUUUUAAACUUGUGAUUUGUUUCAUUUUGGGUGGAGAUUAUGUCAUUUACUAUCAAUUCCAUUACAGUCUUGUUUUGAAUUGUACAAAGGCAGCAAAGGCUAUGCAUGUGUGAUACCUUACUUAGAUAGGAUAAUUAUGGUGGUUGUUAUUUUUCCAUAAUAAAUGUAAUAAGAGCCGA